GAUGCACUGGCAAUACUGUAUAACGAUUCCUCGGUGCUGGAGAACUAUCACUUGGCAGUGGCCUUCAAUUUGCUCACCUUUCCCGGUUGCGAUAUCCUUGUGAAUGUCACCCGAAAGCAGCGCCUCACCUUCCGGCGCAUGGUCAUCGAUAUGGUUCUUUCAACGGAUAUGUCGAAGCACAUGUCCCUUCUUGCCGACCUCAAAACCAUGGUGGAGACCAAGAAGGUGUCCGGUUCAGGUAUCCUCAACCUUGACAACUAUACGGACCGCAUGCAGCUCCGUGAAAAUGAUCAAGGUGUUCGAUCAUAUUGA